AUAAUUAAAUAAAUAAAUAAAAAAAACCCUCUUACCCUACUGCAUCCGCCGCCCGCACUCCGCAAAAUCUUCUCCUCUUUUCCUUUUUCUUCUUCGCCCUGCUGCUGCUGCUGCCGCCAAGGAGAAUCGCAUAAGGCGGCGUCGGAUCCGGUGGAAGUUAGCCGGCGGGUGAAGUUGAAAGAGUAGUGUUGAGUUGAAGAGGUGAACAAGAGGGUAAAGAUAUAUCAAUGGGAAUACCUGAUAUGGAUGAGCUAAUCGUCACCGACUCUGAGCUGGAUCAUCACGUCAGAGAGGCUCUCAAAGCUGCUAUACAGGGCAACAAUGAAUUUUAUGAACAGCUUCUGGCAGUGUUGCACAAGAGAAAACACUCUACAACUGAAGAGGUCGCCCUUCUUGUGACUUGCUUGAAAGCUGUGACUGGAGCAGUCUCUUGCAUGCAUAUUGAUCAUCAUAAAAGGCUCCUCGGUGCUAUACUUCGAAUGAGUCUGUGGGAUCACGGAACAGAUGUGAUGGAUGCAUUGACUGAGUUGAUUGUAUCCUUGGCUUCGUCAAAUGGGGAGUUACUUGGUUUGUGCUUGGAGAUGCUCCUUGCCAAUUUCAUGCCUCCCUCCAAAUCUUCUUAUUUUGUAGAGUUCUUGAAGGAACCCAGGGGUCUUGCCAAGAAAACCCAAGUCCUCGACCGUGUUCAUUCAACUUUGGGAAAUAUCGCAGCUGUAGUUCCCCUUUCACCUAUGAGGCUAGAGGAAAUCGUCAGGAAUAGAAUGUCGAAGAUGGGCCAAGUGUCUCCGCUUCCUUAUCUUAUAUUGAAUGUGGAGAACAUGCUGAGAUUGGAAGGCAGUGCAGUCGGUAAACUCUUUGGAAGCACAAUUAUUGCCUCUUUGGUUGAUAGGCUAGUAGAAUUGGAUGUUGAAAUAUCAUGGGAUGAAAUCUUGCAUGAUGACUUUCAAAAAGGCAUAUUUGACUUGGAAAUGGAAGAGCUCGAGGUUGAGGCACAUGCAGAUGUUAUCGAACAAGAUUGCACUGAGCUUACCAAGGAAGCUUUGAUACAAAGGUUCUUAAGCAAAAGCCCUGAGGCUGGAAAGCUAGAUAGCUUGAUGGCACUAACAUUUGAAUACCUUAAAACCUGUUUCGAGAACGGACGUUUGGUUCAGGUUUUCGAGACCCUCCUCCAUUCGUUCCAAAAAACAAUUUUGACUGCAUACAAAUCAAAGUUUGCACAGUUUGUAAUAUUCUAUGCUUGCUCGCUCGAUCCCGAAACUUGUGGCAAGAUGUUUGUUGAUGUCCUUGUAAAUAUCUUUCUGACCAGUCCCUUCUCUGAGUGGAGAAUGAGUGCUGUUGCGUAUCUUGCUAGUUACUUGGCUCGUGCAAAAUUUGUUCCUGCCUCAUUUGUCGCCUAUAUAUUGGAAAGUGUGGUGAAUUGGUGUUUUCUUUAUUGCAACAAUCAGGACGGGGGCAUUAAUCCGAAGGCUCGUAAAGUAUUCUAUGCUGGAUGCCAGGCCAUAAUGUAUGUGCUCUGUUUCCGCAUGAAGCAAAUGAUUGAUGUACCCCGACUCAAGUCACAACUGCUGCAUAUGCACAUUGAAGAUGUUCUCAAUCAUCCUUUACGACCCCUGCAGGUAUGCCUGCCUUCAAUUGUCGAGGAAUUCCUACGGCUAGCACAGGCGAACCGUGUAUUCUCACUGCCUCAAAGCUCCACCGACAAUGGCCUCCUAGAAUCAGAACAUUCUCGGGCAUUUGGUGGAGCUGACAAAUUCGACACGUUUUUCCCAUUCGAUCCUUGCUUGUUAAGGAAAUGUGACGAAUUCAUCCGGCCAAGCUAUGUGUACUGGUCGAUGGUUAGAGGUACGUAUGACGAUGAAGAUGAAGAAGGCCUGAGCGACGACGAUGAUGAUGUGGCAGAGGCAUACGUAAACAGGCAUGCAAUGAGUAAUCAAAGCGACGAGGAGGAAUAUUCAGAGGCGGAUGAAUUAGAUUAUUCUAUGGACAAAAUGUCUAUCACACCGAAAGAUUUGAGCCACAAGUUCGGAGGCAGAAUGCAGCAGCAGAGGAGAUUCGAGCAGAUGCCAUCCAAGAUUCGACCUUCGACUAGCCCCGAGUCAUUGUGAGUGUCUUCUUCUCUUUAAAGAAUCACGAUUUUGUUGGUAGUUAAUAUUUGAUAUAGUUAGUUGUUGUGUGAUGAAGAAAAUGAAAUUCAUUUGUGAUUUUGAUCUGAAGAAAAGAUGAUGAUAAUGCACAAAAGCAAAGCAGUAUGUUGUAUUUUAUUGAAUUUGUGAGAUAUUAUUAUUUAUAUAAAUGUGUUAGGAUUCAAAUUUUA